AUGGAAAAGGCACCGAUCGUUGACAGCCAACCUGGCAAGACGUCCAUGGGACUGGACAACCUUUUUUUGCAAAAGCUUGAGCACAUUCAAAACUUUUCCGUUCGCCAGGCCAAUGUCUUGGCCGAGGCCGUGACGCUUGGCAUCUGGGCCAACACCUACGUCAUCUCAGACUUGGAUCGCCCCACCCCCGUGCUGAAUGCCAAGAAGCCAACCGAAGUGCCCACGCCCGUCUUUUUGGUGCGCGAAGAAUCCAACUGCUGUGCUCGCCUGUGCUGCCCGGGCAACCAGUCCUUUUUGGCCAAGGUCUUCCACGCCAAGAUGGAGCCUGUUGCUGGCAAGACCCAUUGUGGAUGCUGUUAUGAAGGUCACAAGUAUGAGCCAGACUUGACGCAGCCCGUGGCCAUGACCUUGGAGCGCGAGGGCUGUUGCUCACGCUGCCUCGGCUGCUUUGUGUGCUGUGACAUGUGUGCUCAACACAUGUACAUGCACCCCGGGGAAGUUGACGUCAAGCCCGGCACCACGGUCAAGGAAGAGGGCGGCUAUUUCGCUCGCACUCGCCAACCUAUCGGUGCCGGUGGCUUCCAUCCCCAACUCGAGUUGUACACCAACGAAACGCCCGAGGCCAAGGAAACCCCCUUUGCCUACUUUGAUGGGCCGUGCCUGUACGGUGGCUGGUUGGGUGUUUGCUUUGAUACCAUCUUCCGUAUCUCCUCCGAGCCCAAGGGCAGCGGUGACCUGGGUCAGAUUAAGAAAAAUCGCAUCAAGUCUUUUAAGGAGUUUUGUAUCGCCGCGCUUACCGAUGUCGAUUGGUUUGAGGUCAAUUUACCUGAUGACCACGCCAAGAUCGGCCCCGAGCAAAAGGCUGCCAUCCUUGGUACGGCGCUUCAGCUCGACUACAUGCUAUAUGAGAAUGACCUGCCCCCUUGCUACGUUGAGCCCAACGACAAGGGUGCCAUCAUCUAUUGCGUCCUCUGCCAAAUGUUUUGCUUUGGAGGCCGCAUCCCCUGUGAAAUCUGCAUCCCUAUUGAAG